GUUCAGGUUUACAGGAAAUAUGACUUUCAGGAAGUAGACUUUGAGAAUUUUUUUCCCCCCAGCUACAGUAGUAAAUCGAGAGAAAGUGAAGCUUACUUUCAUGAACAAAAGUGUAUGCUAGGUAGCUGCGUCUAUCAUUAUCAAACUAACUUUUUUCGUUGGCCAAAGUCUACUUUUCAGGUAGGACUAAUUUUACAGUCACUACUCACGAGAGAAAGGUGAGAGGUGCUCGCGGUAGUUGUGCUACAUUACAGUAGCAUCGGGGAAGCCUAAUGCCAGCUGUAAUCUUCUAUAAUGAGUGGAAAACAACUAAUCCUGUGUUGUUGUGUGGCUGAGGUCAGGACUAUCUGAGGACCAUGAGUCGCGUUCCCCUGCAGCAGCAGCAGAGCUGUGGCUCCUGGGAGCUGAAGGAACGCCUGGGGACCGGGGGCUUCGGGAAUGUCACCCGAUGGCAGAACAAGGACACAGAGGAGCAGAUAGCCAUUAAGCAGUGUCGUCAGGAGCUGAGUGAGAGGAACAGAGAACGCUGGUGUUUGGAGAUACAGAUCAUGAAGAGACUGGACCAUGUGAAUGUGGUAGCAGCGAGGGAGGUUCCUGAAGGGCUGCAGUCCUCCUUACGCAUCAAUGAUCUACCUCUACUGGCCAUGGAGUACUGUCAGGGAGGUGACCUGAGGAAGUAUCUGAACCUGUUGGAGAACUGCUGUGGAAUGAGGGAGGGUUCCAUCCUUAUUCUGCUACGGGACAUAUCCUCUGCUCUGACCUACCUUCAUAAGAAGAGGAUCAUCCACAGAGAUCUGAAGCCAGAGAACAUCGUCCUCCAGCAGGGAGAGAAGAGAUUGAUCCAUAAGAUCAUAGAUCUGGGCUACGCCAAGGAACUGGACCAGAACAGUCUGUGUACCUCAUUCGUUGGAACACUGCAAUACCUGGCUCCAGAGCUCUUGGAGAGACAGAAGUAUACAGUGACUGUGGAUUAUUGGAGCUUUGGUACAUUGGUGUUUGAGUGCAUCACUGGGUUCCGGCCUUUUCUGCCAACCUGGCAACCCGUGCCCUGGCAUAGUAAGUUGAAGUUGAAGCAGGAUCAUGACAUUGUGGUUUAUGAGGACCUGACAGGGGAGGUGCGCUUCUCUAAACACCUUCCCCAGCCCAACAACCUCAACACUCUGUUGUUGGGCCGUCUAGAAAGCUGGCUGCAGCUGAUGCUGAGGUGGUCUCCCCAGGAGAGAGGCAAGGCAGAUCCCCAGACCACUUCCUCAGACUGCUUCUCUCAGCUAGAGACUAUACUGGAGCUGAAGCUGGUUCACGUAUUGAACAUGGUGUCUGCUAAGAUCUUCACCUACUCUGUCUCAGCCAAUGAGAGCGUGGCUGAUCUGCAGCAGCGAAUCGGGUCUGACACCAACAUCCCUCCAGCCAAUCAAGAGCUACUGUUGGAGGCGGGACUAGCCCUGGAGCCACAGGGAGAGGCGGGGCAGUGUGCCAUCGACUACACUGAGAUAGACGGGAGGAGGACAGACCUUCCCCUGGUGUUCCUGUUUGACCGUUCCUCCUGCACCUACGAGCCCCAGUUCACCCCCCGCACAAUGCCAGAGAACAUACGCUUUGUCCAGACGGAUCCUAAGCACGUGUUGUCUUACAGUCCUCUGAGGAGGACCUGGGGCCAGGCCUGGGACACCAUCCGCACCCUGAAGGAGGACUGGCAGAGGUUACAGCAGGGACAGAAAGCUGCUCUCAUGAGUUUGCUGAGACACAACAGCUCCCUGUCGAAGCAGAAGAAUGAGAUGGUAUCUAUGAACCAGAGGCUGACGGCCAAACUAGACUUCUUCUCUACCAGCCUGCACAUAGACAUGGAUAAAUACCAGGAGCAGAGAGCUACAGGGAUAGCCUCUGAAAAGCUGCUGGGUGUGUGGAGGGAGAUGGAGCAGACUGCAGUCAGCUGUGGCCAGGCAGAGAGGGUGACAGAGCUGGACGAGGAGAUGAUGCUCCUCCAGACAGACAUCGUGGACCUCCAGAGACAACCGUGGAGGAGUGGAGAGGCCCUGGACACACUUGAGGGGAAGGCCAUGGAGUUGUUCCGUAAGCUGAAAGAGAAACCUAGAGACCAGAGGUGUGGGGGGGACAGUCAAGAGGUAGUACGUCUGGUGGUCCAGGCAGUCCAGUUCUACGAGAGGAAACUCAAAGACUUCUACACACACCUCAGUAAGACAGUGGUGUGUCGUCAGCGUGUAAUGGAGCUGCUACCCCGUGUAGAGGGCGUGGUACAGAGAAUGGCUGAGAGUGAACAGGUCCUGAUGAAUCUACAGGAGAGACGGCAGAGGGAACUAUGGAACCUGCUGAAAGUAGCCUGUAGUAAGGUGCGCAGCCCGGUGAGUGGGAGUCCUGUGGAUGGGGGACGCUCUUCCUCCUCUGUUCCCCCUCUACUGACCCCCAGACCCAGCCUACAGCAGCUGGAUGAGUCUCUGUUGGUGAUCGAGGAGAGCAGGACGUUUGAGAGUCGACUACAGAGUCUGAUACAGGAGACCAUCCAGGAGUCUGAAAGUGAUAUGCAGUUGCUGAGAGAGUGGACGUGGCUGAGUGAAGGACAGGACCUUUCCUCUGAUCUUUCCUGACUCUACUGGUUCCCUCGGAGGCAGGGUUUCCCCUAGUUACUGAUACCGGGUCAGAAAUGUCAUGUUAAGGAUUGGAGUUAGACCUGAGGUUAAGGGAUGAUUCUGUCUCAAACUGAUGCCAAACAGAAGAGCCGUCCCAUUCCAGACCCCCUGCUGUGGUCCUCUGCUGCCGCCGUGUGGCGGGAAGACUUACUGCAACAGAUUGCAUCGCACAAUUUGACAUUGACUCUUGGGAGUGCCCCAAAAAUAAUGAAUUGAGCCAACAUUUAUAUUCUCCAGGCUCAUUGGCGUGCCGAUAUUAACAUGUGCAACACCGCUGUAAUCUAUACCCUGGUGUAUUGGAGUCAUCUUCAAUCCGGCUCUAAAGGGUGUAGGUUUGAAUGAGGAAAAUGUUGACCACUGGCAUAGCUGUAUUUAAACCUGGUCCAAUCAAAACCAGUAAUCUCACUGGUUGUCCUCUUUACUAAAGUCCUGGUGGUACUGGUUCUAAAGUCUGGUCUGGCCCCUGGUGAUGAUUCCUAAUCUUUCAAAAAUGUUUUUAUGCUUGCCACAAAAUAUUCUCUGACCAAGGUUUUAGCUGUAACUUUUAUAUUCAGUUACCAGUCUCACAGUUCCCCCCAAAGAAUGUAAAAGAGGCCCCAUUGUGGACUUGCUGUGCCACUAUGUAAAACAUAUAUUUUUACUUGUUAUCAUAUAGGGCCAUUUUUGGGUCUAGAUUGCAGGAAAUGGCAGUUAUGUGUUCUGCCCCCUCCCUCCGGGCCUCCCCGGCAGCACAACGUUAUUAAAAAAUCCUGGGGAGGACCCUGCAUACUGUAACAGUUAGAACUGGGCUUUUGGGGAUUUUUUGGUUUGAAACUGUAUAUUUUCUGAUGCUGGAUCUCUAUGUACAUUACUAAGCCUGAUGUAGAAUAUCCUCUGUGUGUAUAUACACUUAUUUUUAAUUGUUAAUUUUUUAAUAAUUGAUAUUGCAACAUUUACUGCAGUAUAUUAAUUGGUUGGGUUAUUUUACUUAACUGUGGUCUAUUAUGUGUAUCUGGUUGAAUUCAACUUCAACCACCACAGAUCAAUAGGAAUGUUCAACAUAUGGUGACAUGACUUUAAACAAAAUAUGUAUUCAUUUUGAAUACAGGACACUCAGUGUUUGACAAUCUUCUUUAUUCCUUAAAGUCAGUUUGAGGUUUCACCUAUCAACAACCUUCCCUCUUCCAAGCACAGCACAGACACAACAUUACAUAAUGUGGUAGAUAGAAUUAAAAGAUGAAAAGACAAAAAAAUAAACAAACAUGACAGGUUUUGAAAAUACCCACACAUGCAUCUAUCUUCUCAAAACUCAACCACAAGAAGAGAAUUUAGACAAAGAAAAUCAACCAGUUCAUCCACCCACAGAAAGGUGUAUGUAUAUACAUACAUGUGUCUGGGACAGGGGAACAUGACAUUUAAAAAUAAAUUGUUCCUUCAAAACAAGUCCCUACUGGCUUUGAUAUACAAAGUCUGUCAAUCUCAUUCAAGUCAAAAGUAAAUUAAAUACAUGAUCUCAGGCAAAGUGAAAUUAUACCACACAAUAAAACCCUACUAAAAAGGUGCUUACGAUCCCAUCUCGCAAAGAAAAGGAGAAAUGUCUGCUUUUGGGGAGGAAGUGGAACACAAGGUUGACUUGUGACCAUAUAUUACACCACUUUGGACCAGAGCCCCAUAUGAAGUAGUCAUAAGUAGUAUACUAUCUGGUGAAUAGGGUUUGUACUGGUAUUGCUAAGGAGAUGAUAGAGAGAUGGUGAACCAAC